UAUGCGAUCUGCAAGCAUAUGCCACAUUCGAUGUGCAAGCAUAUGCGAUCUGCAAGCAUGUGCGAUCUGCAGGCAUAUGCAAUCUGCAAGCAUAUGCCACAUUCGAUGUGCAAGCAUAUGCGAUAUGCAAGCCUCAUAUGCGAUCUGCAAGCAUAUGCGAUCUGCAAGCAUAUGCCAGAUGCGAUCUGCAAGCAUAUGCCACAUUCGAUCAUAUGCCACAUGCGAUGUGCAAUCAUAUGUGAUCUGCAAGCAUAUGCGAUCUGCAAGCAUAAGCGAUCUGCAAGCAUAUGCCACAUUCGAUGUGCAAGCAUAUGCGAUCUGCAAGCAUAUGCGAUCUGCAAGCAUAUGCCAGAUGCGAUCUGCAAGCAUAUGCCACAUUCGAUGUGCAAACAUAUGCGAUCUGCAAGCAUAUGCGAUCUGCAAGCAUAUGCAAUCUGCAAGCAUAUACCGCAUUCGAUGUGCAAGCAUAUGCGAUAUGCACGCAUAUGCGAUCAUAGCUAUGCUAUGCUACGCUAUGCUACGCUAUGCUAUGCUACGCUAUGC